GCCGGUGAGGCAGCCCUUGGUAGCGGAAGCUUGCGUGCUCUGGCCGCCGCCCCUCUCUCGCCCAUCUCCUGUGUCCGCGAUGAUCUUCGACAAGGUGAAGCGCUUCGCCGUCUUGCUGGACGGGCCCGAGCCCGAGCCCGCUUUCAGCGGCGGCCAGGCCGUGUCCGGGACGGUGCUGCUGGAGCUGGCGGCCGCGGCGCGGGUGGGAGCCCUGCACCUCCGAGCCCUGGGCUGCGCCCGGGUGUACUGGACCGAGUCCCGCAGCGCCGGCUCCAGCACCGCCUACACACAGAGCUACAGCGAGCAGGUGGAGCUGGUCAACCACCGCGACACGCUGCUGGCCCCAGACUCUGGGGACACUACUACCUUACAGCCGGGAAGGCACGAGUUCCCCUUCAGCUUCCAGUUGCCCACGACUUUGGUGACCUCAUUUGAAGGGAAGCAUGGGAGUGUUCGAUACUGUGUGAAAGCCAAGCUCCAUAGACCCUGGGGCACAGCCAAACGGGCCAGAAAAGAGUUCACGGUGAUUGAGCCCAUCGACAUCAACACUCCCGCCCUGCUGGCACCUCAGGCAGGUGUGAAAGAGAAGAUCGCCAGGGCCUGGUACUGCAAUCGAGGCCCAGUUUCCAUUACAGCCAAGAUUGAUAGGAAAGGCUAUACCCCAGGUGAAGUCAUCCCCGUCUUUGCUGAGAUAGACAAUGGCACUAGCCGACCAGUUGUACCCAAGGCUGCCAUUAUUCAGACCCAGACCUUUGUGGCCCGUGGGGCCCGGAAGGAGAAGAGAUCAGUGGUGGCGAGCAUUGUGGGGGAACCUGUCCCCGCAGGGAAACGAGAGCUCUGGCAAGGGCGAGCGCUGAAGAUUCCUCCCGUGGGACCUUCCAUUCUGCAGUGCCGAAUCCUCCACGUGGAUUAUUCUCUCAAGGUCUGUGUGGACAUCCCGGGCACAUCCAAGUUGCUCCUGGAGCUGCCGCUUGUCAUUGGAACCAUCCCCCUGCAUCCAUUUGGCAGCCGGACGUCCAGCGUGGGUAGCCAGUAUAGUGUCAACCUGGACUGGCUGCAUGUGGCCAUCUCUGAGCAGCUGGAAGCCCCCCCAGAGUACUCCGAAGUGGUGUCUGAGGACACGGGCCCAGGCCUCUCACCACCUCCCCAAGAGGCCACGAGCAGCCAGGCCCCAGAGGGACCCUUCUUCGCCUAUAUCCAGGAGUUCCGUUACCGUCCACCUCCCCUGUACUCUGAGGUGGAUCCGAAUCCUCCCUUGCAGACCAUUCGUCGGCGAUGCAUGACAUGUUGAGGCCCAGAGGCAGUGGCUUGAUUCUGACCAAAACCAGCUCCUGGGAUCCAAUAAAAGGCUUCCCAGCUGGAUCGAGGCCAUGGAGCUCCACUGAUCUGCCCUGCAGGAGAGCAGGCGGCUGGAGCACGCUCCUGGGGCUUUAGUGGCAUGGCAGGGGGAGUCUGCUCACCAUGACUUUAGGACUCAGCUGCCGGGCCCCCCCUUCUCUCUGGUCCCAAGUUGCUUUUGGGUGAGGAUGGUUCCUGACAGGAGGCCAUUUUGUUCUUUCUGGAGACUCUAACUUCUCCUUUUGACUUGGAAUUGGGAGAGCAUUUCUGCCCCUGUGCCUUCAUUUGAAGAUUGCAGAGAUGAAGCCCUUCAGGGGGCUCAAAGAGAAGCCAUGACUAGGCCAAAGUUGUCCCUUGGCCACACGCAGGAUCCCCAGGCUGGGGCUCUCACCUACAGACUGCCUCAUUUUGGACCAGAAGAAGGUGAUCCUUUCCCACCCAGACACCUGAGAAUGCUGGGCUUGGUCAUGGAGCCCAUGGGCCAAGACAGCAGGGGCUUAUGGGGCUGGCCCUACAAGCUGGGCCUGGGAAAGGGAGAUGGAGUUAGGAGUGAAUAAGGAGGCAGGCCUUUAUGAGGGAUGGUCCAUGGGUGCUAAAAGUGGGCGUGGCCAUGGGCUGGAUGCCCCCUCUGAAGCUGGUGCUAAAGCUGGAAGGGACCAAGGGGGCUGUGAUCCACAGAUGCACCUCCCACCCCCACUGGGUCUCUGCUAAUAGAAGCCUUCCCCUUCCAGAGCCCACCACGGUGCCCAACUCAAGCCUAGGCAAUGAAAGCUAGCUCCUUCCUUUCAUGAGCAGGUAUACGCUUGGCCUUGACUGCAAAUAUACACUCAUCUGCACUGUGGUUUUGAUAAAAUCAAAGAAUAUUUGGGGAGGCUCCUUCUCUUUUUGUACGGGUUUUUGUUUGAAAAUAAUAAAAGUGAAUACCAUGCUUUCUACUGAG